UCCAAGGGCUUGCUUCACCUCAGUCAAGCUCCAGCGCUCCAGCCGGCAGCAGCAUCGAGCUAACAAGUCUUUGUGAGUAGAGAGAGAGCGAGAGAGCGAGGGGAAGAGAGAGAUAGAGAGGAGGAGGAGGGGUGCAGAGCAGGAGAGAGAAUCAGACAGUGAGAGAGUUGACAGAGUGAGGGUGCAGAGGGAGAGCGCAGGAGAUAGUGACAGAGGCAGAGGUGUUUCGGUGCUGCGAAAUAGUGCCAGAGGCUGCUGGAAGAAGAGAGAGAGAGAGAGAGAGAGAGAGAGAGGGAGGAAGAGAGAGAGAGAGAGGGAGAAAGCAGGCAUCAUGGCAGCGCUCACUGCAUCAUCACGACACAUGGGGAUGUUUGGCUGCUGCUGGUGAUGCAGAGGAGAGAGUCGAGGACUUCCUGGAAACCAAAGGCAAGACAAGGAAACAGGUGUGACUAGUGGGAGAAGCCACAUGAUGAGUGGGAUCCUGAAGAGAAAGCUUGAAGAGGGCCCGUCUCCUUACCUGUCCCUUCAGGGCUCUGAUGAUGACGUUUCCUGCAGCGACAGCGGCAACAGCAGUGAUAGUCUAAAUCAUCCCGUCCCCUCCGGACUGCUGGACUCCAACCUCCAGCAGCAGUCAAAGCGCCUGCGUGGCCGCAACGUGCACUUUGAAAGUGUCACGGUCUACUACUUCAACCGGCGGCAGGGCUUCACCAGCGUGCCCACGCAGGGUGGCAGCACCCUGGGCAUGUCGCCACGUCACAGCGGGGUGAAGCGCUUCACCCUCAGGGAGUUCGCCAUGGAGCAGAAACAGAGCCACCGCAACAUGCUGAGGGAUCAUCUCAAAGCGGAGAAGCUCAACGCCAUCAAACUAAAACUGACAAAGAACGGCACUGUAUCAUCCAUGGAGGCGGAUACUCUGACGCUUGAUGACAUCUCCGAAGACGACCUCGAUGUGGACAACACGGAGGUGGACGAUUACUUCUUCCUCCAGCCUCUGACUACCAGACGGCGACGGGCUCUGCUGCGUUCCUCAGGGGUCCGGCGCAUCGAUGUGGAGGAGAAGCACGAGCUACGUGCCCUGCGCAUGUCUCGAGAGGAGUGUGGGUGUCGCUGCCGGGGGGUAUGCGACCCCGAGACCUGUGCUUGCAGCCUGGCCGGCAUUAAGUGCCAGGUAAAUGGAACUGUGGUGGACAGGAUGUCCUUCCCAUGUGGCUGCACCAAAGAGGGCUGCACUAACACCACGGGACGCCUGGAGUUCAACCCUGUCCGGGUGCGCACCCACUUUCUGCACACCAUCAUGAAGCUGGAGCUGGAAAAGAGCCGCGAGGAGCAGCAGCAGCAGCAGCAUCAGCAUCAGCAGCCGGAGCAGCAGCAGCAGCAGCAGCUUGUAACCAAUGGCAACGGUUACCAUGGCGACUCCUCCUUGGUCCAGCAGCAGCAGCAGCAGCAGCCGAACCUGCAGUUCCCCCCGCACAUUCCCAUCAUGCACCUCCAGAACACCGGCGACACAGAUUCACAUCUACAUGAAGAAGAGGAAGAGGACGACGAUGAGGAAGAGGAUGAUGAUGAGGACGAUGAUGAUGAUGAAGCGUAUGAGGAAGACGAGGAUGGGAGCAGUGUUUGUAGUGGGCUGUCGGACUGCAGCACGCACAGCUUGGAAACAAUCGACCCCGAGGAGGAGGAGGAGGAAGAAGAAGAGGAUGAGGAAGAUGAAGAAGAUGAUGAAGGGGAGGAAGAUGAGGAUGAAGAGGAUGAUUGGGGUUGCUCGUUGCAAGGUCCUCCGCCUUACCCGGUUCCACUUCCCUCAGUGCUGAGUUACUCAAACAGCAGUCUGCUGACCCCCUUCCACAGCUCCCCCUCCAUGCAGCACUAUCACAUGGACACGUCUGUGAGCGACGCCCACUCGUUCACUGAGAACUCCGGUGUCACCCAAACACUCCCCACAGUGGAGUCGGCGUUAGAGUCGAAAAUAACCACCGAAAUCUGCAGCCAAACAGAGUCGCAGAGCAUCCCCUGCCCCUUCCCCGACCCCACAGACUCCCUCACUCUCCAAACCCGCUCACAUGCGGACACCCGUGAGUGCCGCGCUGCCCCCGCUGGCGCCACCGAAGAACUGCCGCUUUCCACAGACCUCCAGAACAAUCCAGACCACCACCGCCAACAUGACUCACAGACCGAAGCUUCGGCCGGGUUUGUGGAGCAGACAGAGGAAGAAACGAGGGGUCUGACGCAAACAGAACUGCAGGGAGACGCCGGUCAGAUAACAAGCACGUCAUGCCCACAGACAACCUGAUGAGUCAGAUUUCUAACACUGAAAUCUAUAGUCAACUAUUGUGUUCAGCCAUCAGUUUGAUUUAUCCUUGAUAAGUGCACUUCCAAAGAGAGAGUGAGUCAGAUUUGACACAGGAGGCUCAAAGACGUGAUGUCAUUUUAGCUCCAUUUGUCUUUAAACUGUUUGAAAUUGGUUUAGAUAAAAAAAAAAACACAGAACUUUCACAAUAAAGCUCAAACCCAGUGUUUCUUAUUUACAUCGUUUGUGUAAUUUAUCCUGUUAUAAAGUACUCCGUCAUUCCAGCAUGUUUUGUGGCUGUGACUGGCAUCUAUGACAAAUCAAGAUUUUGAGGUGCUUGUAUUUGUUAUAAUAUUUUUCAUUGUACUGGUUGGUGUCUCAACAUUGCUGCUAAUCGUUCUUAAAUGGCUGUCUGUAUAGCAUGUGUUCAGUUUACCCAGCAGAAACUGUAAUAUGAUAAAAACACAUAAAAACAAUUCAUA